AUGCAAAGGUCCUUCACCUGUUCGAUUAUCUUCCUUUGGGAGUUACUACUCUUGAAUAAUGUCUCUGCUUCGGCCCCGUGGGGCAUGACUUGGUCUGACGAUACAUUUGGAUCUGAUGGUCCCUGGCACGCUGUUAAAGUCAAGAUAGGCGCCGAUGACACAGUAAUAGCGAUGUAUCCUGGGGCAUCAUGGACAACCUGGGUUCUUUUGAACACACUUUGUAAAAACACAACGGAUAUCUCAUCAUACUGCUACGGAGACCAAGCUGGUCUUUUUGAUCCUGACAGCUCUGACACCUGGAAUGGUGAUUCUAUCUCUCUAUCCCCCGACAAUGCGUGGACAGACAGGAAGUGGGGUUAUACGGAUGCAGUCGCUAUGCAAACCCUUGCCUACCGGGCACUUGACUCCAUAGAUGUUGAAGGAACCGGAACGGCAGAUUCGAAUUUAAUUGCCGUUGAACAGGGGUAUCGAACCUACCCUGGUGGUGGGAUAUACCCUCUAGACGUGGGCGUCCUUGCGUUAGGUGGGCCAGACGUCAAUCAAACCUUUGCUGAAAAUGAUGGCCCUCCGCUGAACGGCACAUUUGUUACCAGUUGGCUUUCUGAGCACAACGUGAUCCCAUCAUAUUCAUAUGGAAUGCAUAUUGGCUCUGUCCAAUUCGGAAUCUCUGGUUCUCUCUACCUGGGAGGAUAUGAUCAGAAUCGAGUGAUUGGGGACAUUUCCAUACAACCAAUUGAUAGUGGAGAGCUGCCAAUUGAACUGCUUGACAUAAGCAUCGGAGUUGUGGAAGGCGGGUCGAUUUGGGGAUCCUCCAACGUUACCGGCCUGAUGGCACGAUCCAACACAUCUUUAUCAUCUGGGAUGAACGUUGCAAUUGACGCAACAAAUCCAUAUAUUUAUCUACCUCAGAGUACAUGCGAUGCAAUAACCGCCAAUCUGCCCGUGUCCUAUAACUCCGAGCUCGGCCUAUACACGUGGGACACAACCAACGAGAACUACUCCAAAAUAAUCACUUCCCCUGCCUAUUUGGGCUUUACGUUCGUCAAGGAUGAUAUCAAUACGGAGAGGAUUACGAUAAAGGUUCCUUUCGCUCUGCUGAACCUCACCCUCUCACCUCCUCUAACCAAAGUUGACACACCAUACCUUCCACUCAUGCCUACGGAUGAUACUCUAGUGUUGGGUAGAGCUUUCCUACAGGCAGCCUUUUACGGUGUACAUUGGUCACAGAAAUAUUGGUUUCUAUCUCAGGCUCCGGGUCCAGAUGAUAAUUUUAUCUCGAACGUUGUCAGUAUAGAUCCAACUACCACUACCAUUAAGGGGGCCGACGAUAGUUGGGAAAGCACCUGGACAUCCUACUGGACUCCCCUGACUUCUAAUAGCGCUGGUAACAAUUCUGCAACAACUUCCAACUCAACCAGCUCAACCAGCUCUUCAUCAACUUCCACCUCAGCUGAAGGUCUAUCCACGGGUGCCAAGAUAGGCAUUGGCGUUGGAUGUGGUUGUGCAGCCAUCGCGAUAAUUGGCGCUGUCGCCUGGCUUCUAAUACGCCGCCGCCGGCAAAGAGCCAAGGCCUCCGAAGGGCCCCCAAUCCAAGAGUGUACUGGGCCUCGGCUUGUCCAGCCACAAGGCGUCCCAGUAGAAAUUGCUACCCGCCGCCCCGAUAGCCGGCACGAGCUGGGCUAUGAUCCUGGAUUUGCCGGCUAUUAUGAAAAACAUAGCUCGGGGCACAGGAGCACAACCACAGAUCCACAUAGCUCUACUGGGAGAUCCGAGGGUGGUGAAAGAGGCACCAGUGAACGUUAUGAACUUUUUUGA